AUGAAAGCUUCUAUACAGCAACUACCAGCCGAGGUCAUAAUCAACAUAUUUGACCAGAUCAACGAUACAAAGCAGCUGAAUCAAUGCCGAUUAGUUUCCAAAUCAUGGACGUCUUUGGCUGAAAAGAGCAUGUACAAGACACUGCACUUGUAUCUGUGGAACGACUCUCGUUUAGAAAGACUCAAUCAUCAUCUGAAGCAAAAACCAGAGCGCUAUCAGCUAAUACAGAGCAUCCGUAUCACAGAUCCAUACUUCAAUGCCUUCAGUGAGAGGCUGUUUCGUGAGUUCUUACAUCUAGCGAUGACACCAAGUAUACGAAUUCUUGAUGGCGUAUGGAAGCAAGAAUACAUAACAGCGCUUCUCGAGUGCAUUGAAAAUUCAUCACUCAAAUUCGAAAAGUUAAAGCAGCUGCCUUACUCGGUGCACCAUGACAGCAUCUACAUGCAUUUGAUGGGCCAUUUUAGAAAUAGCCUACAAACAGCAUCUUGCAAUAUCACAGGCAAGACAAGUCCAAUUCAUCAAAGAAUUAUCCGCGACUCAAUCAAAGAAUUCAAACAUCUGACCACACUAAGCAUACAAGACUACCAAGGCUUUCAAAGUGUACAAGAAAUGGAUAACUUUUUACAGAAAUGCGACCAAAUCAAAAACCUGGAGUUCAUCAUCAACCAAAGCACAAACUACACUGACAUGGACAUGGAUGCAUUGAAUCAGUGGUUGACCAGUGGCAGUGUUCAACAGGCUGAUAGUGUGAAAUACUUGAAGAUUGCCUACAUGAAAGGGCCUGAUGGCAACAAAUGUCGCAGCUUUGGCCCUGACUGGGUCAAUUAUCUAGCAUUCAAAUGUCCAAAUGUCGACACAUUAAGUAUCAAAAACAUCACUCUUAGAUACAGUCAUAUGGCUCUUCCAGUAUUUGAAAACGUAAAAGUAUUCAACUUGGACGAUUGGAAGUUUUAUUGUGCUCAAGAUUUGGACUAUUUCAUCGGUCGCGUAAAGAGUGAUAGUAAUUCAGUUACCAUUCGGUACACAAAAAGCACAGGUGUCAAUCUGUCUGAAAUAUGUUCUGUCAGCGCAACAAAAGACAGAAAUAGCAGCAUGACAAGAUUUACAAUAGAUGUCAAUCCUGAAACGCCUAGUAACACUGCUAUCGUAUUGUCCUGCUUCAAGAAUCUGAAUUACACCUGCAAUAUUUGA